GGCGACGAAAUGGCGGUGGAUAAGGACCUACUGCAGCUGGACCUGUACGGCCUGCUGGGAGUCGGCGAGAAGGCGUCGGAGAAGGAGGUUAAGAAAGCGUACCGCCAGAAGGCCCUGACUUGUCACCCAGAUAAGAACCCAGAUAAUCCCCAAGCAGCGGAAGUCUUCCACCAGCUGUCACAGGCCUUAGCUGUUCUGACAGAUGCAGCAGCAAGGGCGGCAUAUGACAAAGUGAGAAAAGCCAAAAAGCAAGCAGCAGAAAGGACACAAAAGCUUGAUGAGAAGCGAAAGAAAGUAAAGCUUGAUCUUGAAGCCAGGGAACGAGAAGCCCAGGCCCGUGACAAUGAAGAGGAGGAGAUCCGGAUAACGAGGACCUUAGAACAAGAAAUAAUACGGUUGCGUGAAGAAGGCUCUCGUCAGCUUGAAGAGCAGCAGAGACUCAUUCGAGAACAGAUCCAGCUUGAAAGACAGCAGCGCAUCCAAGGUGAGAUAGGCAGUCGAGUAGGAAGUGGAGCGGAAGGCAGAGUAACUCCCAAACUCAAACUAAAAUGGAAAUGCAGGAAAGAAGAUGAGACAGGAGGGGGAUACUCAAAAGAAGUUUUACUGCGGAUCCUGCAGAAGUAUGGCGACGUGCUAAAUUUACUGAUCUCCAGUAGGAAGGCUGGGAGUGCAGUCGUGGAAUUUGCUACUGUCAAAGCUGCUGAAAUGGCUGUGAAGAAUGAAGUUGGCCUGACAGAUAAUCCUCUAAAGAUUUCCUGGCUGGAAGGCCAGCCCCGGAACAAUCCCAGCAAUGUCCUUUCUGACAGCAGUGGUCAGCCUAGGACUUCACAGGCAUCUGUGGUCUCCGAGCGGGAUUACGAGAGCCUGGUGAUGAUGCGGAUGCGCCAAGCAGCAGAGAGGCAGCAGCUGAUUGCACAGCUCAGGCAGGAAGAUGAGGAAGAGUCACACACCUAGCAUGAAAGAGCCUAAAUUGGAGUGGCUGAGCUGAAAGCAGAAGGCAAGCUGAGUGGCCUAGGGCCUUAAAUACAACUCCACACUGAGCAAAACAAAACAUCUUGCAUGAUGCCUAUCAACUGUGCCACCCUCUCCACGUGGAAGCAGCCUGAAUCAGGAUGGGGAUGGAGGCAUUUGUAAAGUCUUUCAGCCAGAAGCCAGCAGGGGACAGAGGUCAGCCCAGAGAGGAGAGCCCAUUGUAAGUACAUGAGCCUUCGGAUCCCAGGUAUGCCAAAGGUAGGUGAGUGAGCACAUGCUGUGUGUGAGAAUGGGGCAAGAGCAUCCUAAUGCAGUGACUUUUGAUCUGAUUUUAGAUAGUUUGCUAUUUAAAAGUAGCAGCAUUGAUCGAUAGCCUUUAUUAUGCCAAGAGGUGGAGGGGACAUUGUCCAGCAUCUACUCAGAAUCCCAUUUUACAGCAGGCCAGGGUUGGCUUUGCAACCCAAAUGCCCAAAGAUUGUGCCCCUGCACAUUAGGUGAGGGAUGGAGGAUGUGUGCUUGCAACUGAUGGUGCUUAAUGAUGUGCCAUUUGCAGUAGCUGCUUAACAAGAUGCAUGCUCCCCUUUAUUAGAGGCAAUUAAGUGUUUUAUGUAUAUUACAGUGCUACAACAGAUCCAUACUGCUUAGACUCUUUCUUUCAGGCUCCCUCUGAGCUCCUUAGGUCGUGUUUAAGGCUUUGGAUGCUCACAAUGCUGUGGAAAGGGUGAGAUUUGUGUCAUGUUAUGGCAGUGGGACAGAAAACGCUGCUCAACCAUGGUGCUGUCCUCCCCAGCAGGGUUUUUUGGCAGAAGGCGAAUGGAGCUUGCCUUGCUGGCAUACCACUGUGCCUCUCAGGGUGUCAGUAUUCCAGCCACAUUGUUUCCUCCACCCUGUGUUGCUCAAGAGCAAACAGGGAAGACACGCUUGAAAAUGUCUAUCAGGCCACAAGCAGGCACUAGCAGAAAUAGAAGGAUCCCCCAGGAAGCAAAAUCUGCCACUCUACUUCCUUAUAACCCUGUAAUGGCCUUAAGUGGCACUACAGGACGUUCAGGUUGGAUAUUAGGAAAAAUUUCUUCUCAGAAGAAGCGGUGAUGUAUUGGAAUGGGCUGCCCAGGUUAGUGGUGGCAUCACCAUCUCUGGAAGUGUUCCAGGACCAUGGAGAUGUAGCACUGAGGGACGUGGUCGGUGGGCAUGCUGGGGAUGGGUUGGGGUUGGACUUGAUCAUCUCAGAGGCCUUUUCCAACCUUAAUGAUUCUAUGAUUCUAUGAACUCCUCCCUGGCUGCUUGGGCAGGCAGCAUGGAGGCAUUCUGCCUUCCUUCCCUUUUUGUUCCUAGAGAUUCACCCCUAUCUCAGAGCCAGCAGCACUUCAUCCUCCUCGAAGCCUCUCCUGGUUCUCUCCUCAGGUCUCUUCUCCCAUUGCAUAACUCCCAGGAUCAGUUCCAAAGGCGGCAGCACGAAGCUGGCGCUGCUGCCAAUUUCUGUGCCACCCACAGGCUUGGGAAUAGCAGCACAUAGACAGCUCAGCUCUGCAAACCCACCUGAGCCUCUGCUGAUGGAAAGGAGCAAUGGAAGAGGCCCAAGUUCCUGCCAAAGCAGGUGGCCCAAGUUUGCAUUUUGGAGAGUUUCUUGGAAAUGAAAAUCAGGGAUCCUUCCAUUAUUUUUUCUGCUCUUUCUUUAAACUCCUAAGUUUUGUAAUGCAAUGGAGGAGCUGGGCCUUGAUGCCUGCCAGCCCGGUGCUGAGGACAUGGGUCUUUCCAGCUCCGUGAUGGAAGUCUGAACAUGCUGGGACCAAGGAAACGCCUGGUUUUCCUCCCACUCCUCCUCUGCGCUGCCGCAUGAGUGGGCAAGCAUGAGCAGAAACCCAACUGCUCCCCUCUGCUUGAUUUGCAUUUAGGCGUUUUGUUUUGCUUUGCUGUUUUUUGUUUUGUUUUGUCUUGUCUUGUUUUGAUUUUUUGUUAUUAUUAUUUGAAUCCUAGAGAAAAACAAGAAGUCAAGAUAGCAAAUGGGGGGGGGAGGACGGGACGGGACGUGCGCCAAGAUGUAAAGAACGGGAUGGCAGCAUUUCCAAGCUGCACCCUUGGUGUUAAACUCAGCGUAGGCAGGGAGAGACACAGGGAUGCGAUGAAGCGUUGAAUGUGUUGGAAACACACAGCAUAAUGGGCUGAGGACACAAAGCAGCUCAAAGCCCAGGGGCUCAGCACCCCAAGGAAAGGCUUCAAGGAGGGAUGCUCCGUAACAGAGAGAAAGCUCGAGCUGGGAUGGGUUGGGACAGGCUGUGGGAAAGCACCUAAUGUGGGUUGGCACUAAACCUGGCCAGAGCCAGGCUCUGAGCAUGGGCACCAUUUGCUUCUGAGCACCUUGGGGCUGGAAUUGGUAGCAAAACAGAGGAGGUGUGUCAGUGAGGAUGGGAUAAAGGCAGAUUGUUAUGCAAAAAGGUUAAAAUGCCCUCUGUGUCUGUUUUAUUUCAGCCGGGGCAGGUAGCACCCAAAAGCAUCCCAAGAAUGUGAGGUGUGAGGAUGAGAAGAUGCAUCAGGUGCUACAAUGGGGUCAUAGUGAGAAAAAUAACAGAAAACUGGUUGAAAUAUUAGGAAAAUACCCUUGGCUGAGCAGAUGGGGGCAAGGACAGGCAUGUGCCCCUCCAGCAGCAAACCAGUCCUGGGAUUAGAAGUAGGCAUGCCAGAGGGUGAAGCUUUUGGGAAAAUGGGGAGGGGGGAGAGACUGAAACAUUGCACUUACAAGUGGUUCCCGAGCAUGUUCCUCUUUGUGGCCCCCAGGAACUGCAUCAGGUUGGGAUCCGAGUGCUCAUCUCCCACCAUGGUGGGGCCAACCUCCUGCAGAAAAGCAGACUGGGUGAGCCAUGCAUGGCAGUACCACUGACUGGGAAGAGAACAGUGUCCUGAGAAGAACAAGAUUUCUACCGCCACCGUUAAUGGGGUCAGUGUGGGUUCCUCAACCUGUAGGAGCCUGGAUAUGUCCCAGGACAAAGCCACCUGUGCAUCUCAGGUGAGGACCCUGGUGGCUUUGCUCUGGAGGGCUGCUUGCUGGUUGAGCAAAUGGUGGCUCUGGUUAUUCAGUCUGUAGAACAGCUAUGAGGUGGCACUCAUGGCCUCACUGCACCAAAUCAGCAAACCUCAGUGCUUGGCCAUGAAAUGAUAGGGCCACCUAGGGCUUGUCCUGGCGGAGGACAGCUUUGGGAAGGGCUCCACUAGCAAGGAAGAAUGAAAGAAUCAUUAAGCUUGGAGAAGACCUCUGAGAUUGUAAAGUUCAACCAUCAACACAUCACCAUGCCCACUAACCCAUGCUCCUCAGAGCCACGUUAGUGUGACAAGGAGGUGCCAUGGGUUGGUUUGGGCAGAUUGGCACCAAUGGGACAAGAAAGGACUGUCACGUUGGAGCGACAGGAGGCAGUCGGAGAUGUGAGUCAUCUCCCCAAGAAAGCCAUCAGAAAGACUUCCCACGUGUCAUAUGGAGGGGACAGGGACAUUUUCACAGCGUGCUCCAGAAGUGUUGUUUUUUGAGAUAUUCUGAGUAUGAACAACUCCCAGAACUAAGGAGCAAGGCACAGCAGACAUGUAUAGCUCCAAUGAGACCUCCAUAAUGACCACACUGGGGUGCUGACACCCUCCAUACUCCAAUUUCUUACCCCUGCAAGUUCUUG